AUGUCCUGGGCAAGCAUCGCAAUUGUUACCGGCCUCCUUUUUCUUGCUGCAACGCCUUCAGAGGCAUUCUACAGAGAUGAUUGCUACAAUUCAACCCGGGGUGAAGAACGUGAGCUCUGUUUGCGGCGAAGCCUUCUCAGGCGACAGGCUGUAGCUGCUCCUUCUAGCAGCUGUCCUAAAGGCUGUACCGUUCAUGGUGUAUGCCAUGAAGAUAUUGGAAGGUGCGACUGCCCGCGGCACUUCACGGGCCCAGCUUGCUCUACCGUUGUACCCAGUAUCAGUAAAUUAUGCGCCAAAUACUCAAUCAAGCUUCGGGAUUUCGGCAAGGACUCUCCCUGCUUCAAUAACUGCAACCAGCGAGGCAGGUGCAUCGCCGGCAUCUGCCACUGCCAGCCAGGCUAUUGGGGUAUAGACUGCGCCAUCAGUUGGGGGCCCAAUGGCAAGAUGCAGCUGCUAGAUGGCAAUUACGUAGAAAGGAAAACUGGGGUUAAAGUGUACAUAUACGAGCUGCCCUCUAACAUGACCUCAUGGUACCCCUUCAUGCGAAUGGACCGCCCUGUGCACCUGAUGUUCUGGCAGCGGCUCAUGUCGUCAGGUAUGCGGACCCUGGACGGCAACAAGGCCGACUACUUCUACAUCCCGAUCAACACGCGGACAGGGUCGCUGGCCCGCGAGGAGUUGGAGUGGACCCUGCCGUACAUCAAGAAGACGUACCCUUGGUGGUCCAAGGACAACGGUAACCGUCACCUGAUCAUCCACACCGGCGAUAUGGGCAUCAACGACUUCCCUCUGGCCACCCGCCGGGAGUUGAACGAGUCUCUCUCCAACAUCACCUGGCUCACACACUGGGGGCUUCAUGAGUAUCAUCCGAUAGCAAAAUGGUAUCCGGCACAUCGACCCGGGAAGGAUAUUGUGAUCCCGGUCAUGAUCAUGACUCAGGGCUUCCACCUGUCGCCCAUGAACCCCAGGAUGGAGGCGGAGAUCAAGGCGCAGGGAGCGCCGCGGUUGCGAAACGGCACACUUUUCUUCGCAGGCCGCAUCUGCGGAGACCGAGACUUGCCCGACCCUAAAACUGGGAAAUGCGGGCCGGGGCAUGAGGAUUACAGUUUCGGCGUGCGGCAAGCUGUAUAUCUGCAACACCGCAAUGUGAAGGGCUUCCGGAUAGUGGCCUGGACCAGCACGUACCUCGAGGAUAUCUCCUCACACAAGUUCUGUCUAGCGCCUGUCGGCGGCGGCCAUGGCAAACGUAACAUUCUGGUUGCCUUUAUGGGAUGCCUUCCGGUGCUAAUUGGCGACCACGUACUGCAGCCCUUCGAGCCGGAAAUCGACUGGUCGCGAUUCAGCAUCAGCGUGCCUGAGGCGGAUAUACCCGACCUGCCGAGAAUCCUGGCCAACGUGCCAGCCUCUGAAGUGGCAUCCAAACAGAAGCGGCUGAGGUGCGCGGCUCAGCACAUGUUCUACAGCAGCACCCUGGGGGCCAUUCUUGGGGAGGACGGACGAUACGAUGCGUUUGAGACGCUGAUGGAGAUCUUACGUGUACGCAAGGAGCACCCCGAUGUGCCCCCGGAAAAGUACCAAAAGGUGGACCAGCGCUUCCGCAAGUUUAUCAACUGCGAUUUAGACGACGAGGUCAACCCAGUGCCGCUGUGCACGCAAGGUAAGGAGAUGCAACUGGUGGACCGGAAAUCCUGCAAAGAUUGUCGCCGAAAGGACGGCACCAGCAACUCCUUCUUUAACAGCGCGGGGGGCAUGUUGUGCUGCGAAGAUCAUGACAUGACAAAAUGCCCUCGAGGGUGGAAGUAG